UCACUCCACACUCUAAUACACUUGCCGUUCCUCUCCAUUUCCUUGUUUCUGUUAUUCUUCUUGUUUGUUUUCCGAUGGAAAAACUGGAUCACAUCAAAUCUCACCUUCCUUCACUAACUCAAAUCAGUGAAAAUGAGAAAAACGGAUUCAUCAACCUCGUCUCCCGCUAUCUCAGUGGAGAAGCACAGCAUGUAGAAUGGAGUAAGAUCCAAACACCGACUGAUGAAGUUGUUGUUCCUUAUGACACAUUGGCUCCAAUUCCUGAAGAUCCAGCUGAAACUAAGAAGUUAUUGGACAAACUUGUUGUUUUAAAGCUUAAUGGAGGCUUGGGGACGACUAUGGGAUGUACUGGUCCUAAAUCUGUCAUUGAAGUCCGCAAUGGCUCCACAUUUCUUGAUCUAAUUGUUGCUCAAAUUCAGAAUCUUAAUACGAAAUAUGGAUGUAGCGUUCCAUUGGUGCUGAUGAACUCAUUCAAUACCCAUGAUGACACAAUGAAGAUUGUCGAAAAUUACUCCAAUUCAAACGUAAAAGUUCAUAUUUUUAAUCAGAGCCAAUAUCCUCGUCUGGUGGCUGAAGAUUUUACUCCAUUUCCUUGCAAAGGGCAGCCUGGAAAGGAUGGAUGGUAUCCUCCUGGUCAUGGUGACGUGUUCCAAUCUCUAAUGAACAGUGGCAAGCUCGAUACUUUCUUAUCAGAGGGCAAGGAGUAUGUGUUUGUUGCCAACUCAGACAACUUGGGUGCUAUUGUUGACUUGAAAAUCUUGAAUCAUUUGAUCCAAAAUAAGAAUGAAUACUGUAUGGAGGUGACACCCAAAACCUUAGCUGAUGUGAAGGGCGGCACUCUUAUAUCUUAUGAAGGAAAAGUUCAGCUCCUUGAAAUUGCACAAGUCCCUGAUGCACAUGUCAAUGAAUUCAAGUCCAUUGAGAAAUUUAAAAUUUUCAAUACAAACAAUUUGUGGGUGAACCUGAAAGCAAUAAAGAGGCUUGUGGAAGCUGAUGCACUCGAGAUGGAAAUCAUCCCAAACCCAAAGGAGGUCGAUGGAGUCAAAGUUCUUCAACUGGAAACUGCAGCUGGUGCAGCAAUUAGGUUCUUUGAACAUGCUAUUGGUAUCAAUGUACCUCGAUCACGAUUCCUUCCGGUGAAGGCGUCUUCAGAUUUGUUUCUUGUCCAGUCUGACCUCUACACCUUAGCUGAUGGCUUAGUUAGCCGCAACAGUGCUAGAGCGAAUCCGGAAAAUCCAUCCAUUGAAUUGGGGCCUGAAUUCAAGAAGGUUAGCAACUUCUUAAGUCGGUUCAAGUCAAUCCCAAGCAUCAUCGAUCUUGACAACCUUAGCGUGAGUGGCGAUGUAUGGUUUGGUGCUAAUAUUGUUCUCAAGGGGAAAGUGAAAAUUGCUGCAAAAGAUGGAGUAAAGUUGGAGAUUCCAGAUGGAACCGUACUCGAAAACAAGGAAAUCAAUGGCCCCGAAGACUUAUCCGGCUAAAGGUUGAUGAAUGUUAAAGGUUGUAGUAUCUGCUUUUUGUCUUGCGGAAGUUUUAUUCGAGUCUUGAGAAUGUUUUCAUAUAUAU